UUUUUUUUUUUUUUCUUUUUACACUGACAAUGUCGAUAUUACCAACUACUAAUAAUUAUAACCCGUCAUCUAUGUAUGAUGGAGGAAGUAGACGCGGUAAACAAGGACCAGCCUUGCUACGAAGAUUAUUUCGGUUUCCACAAAUGGACUUUGAGUUUGCUAUAUGGCAAAUGUGUUAUUUGUUAAUAGCACCGAGAAGAGUAUAUCGAAAUAUUUAUUAUCAUAAACAAACGAAGAACCAAUGGUCAAGAGAUGAUCCAGCAUUCCUUGUGUUAUUGAUCUUGUUUAUCACCCUCAGUGCGAUUGUGUGGAGUGUCACAUAUGAUCUGGGCAUCUAUGGUGCCAUCAAGACCGUUUUAUCCAUGAUCUUUUUAGAGUUUUUGUUCAUUGGAUCUCUGAUAUCUACCGCUACAUGGUACAUGACAAACAAAUUUCUUACGCAGAAUAUAAACACUUAUGCAGUGGCUCAAAAAGUAGAAUGGCCAUAUGCAUUUGACGUUCAUUGUAAUUCAUUUUUACCCGUGUACAUGAUCCUCUAUGUCGUACAAUGGUUUUUUUUACCACUCUUGCUCAAAGAUAGUUGGAUAUCCAUGUUGAUGGGUAACCUCAUGUAUUGCAUUGCAUUAAUCUGGUACAUGGUGGGCACGUUUCUAGGCUUCAAUGCCUUACCCUUCUUGGUGCAUACGGAAUUACUCUUAUAUCCUAUCGCACUUUGUAUCGCUUUAUUUAUUGCUUCCUUGUUUGGUUUAAAUAUCUCACAAUACGUACUUGGACAUUACUUUUCACAAUAGAUUUUUUUUUUUUUUUUUUUUACUUUAUUUUAGAAUAAAUUACAAUAGGGAUAUGUACAUAUUGGGGGG